UUCUGGACAAUUUCACGUUAGAACACCGCUAACCUUUAUUUAAUCAAUAGCCUGACUCUCACAUUAACGAGGUUGCACGCGUCCUCGCGUCAGUUCAGACGACGCUCACGGCUAGGGUGCUAAUACACUUGGGUUUCUCAUAUUUCGCCGUGCUUUAUCUCUUCGUGACGCAAACAAGCAGGCUGCGGUUUAUUGCUCCUUAAUCGUGGGGAUCACUCGCUCGAAUAAGAAAAUGUAAGGAACCUGCCGAACCUGCAUUUUGCAUUUUGUCCGCGAAAAUGCAGAAGGGAAUGAGACUCAAUGAUGGCCACAUCACAUACCUGGGUCUUUUGGCAAAAAAGGACGGCACGAGGCGGGGCUGCCUAAGUAAGAAGAGCUCGGACAACACGAAAUGGCACACCAAAUGGUUUGCGCUGCUGCAAAACAUGCUGUUUUAUUUCGAGGGUGAGUCAAGCUCUCGGCCCUCCGGAUUGUACCUGUUGGAGGGUUGCGUGUGUGACCGGUCGCCAUCGCCUAAGCCAUCGCUCUCCGCCAAGGAGUGCUUAGAAAAACAGUAUUAUUUCACAAUCAGCUUCAACCAUGAAAAUCAAAAAGCUCUUGAACUUCGCAGUGAAGAUGUAAAAGACUGCGAUGAAUGGGUAGCAGCAAUAACGCAUGCCAGCUACAGAAACCUGGCCACAGAGCAUGAGACUUUGAUGCAGAAGUAUCUCCAUCUGCUCCAAAUUUUGGAGACUGAGAAAACAGUUGCUAAGCAACUUCGACAACAGAUUGAGGAUGGGGAGAUUGAAAUUGAACGCUUAAAAUCAGAGAUUGCUGGAAUGCUUAAAGACAAUGAGAAGAUCCAGUCCAACCCCAUUAUUGCCCCCAGUGAAGAAGACUCUGAAAUCAAGAAAAUCAAGAAGGUACAGAGUUUCUUGCGUGGUUGGAUGUGUCGGAGGAAGUGGAAGACCAUUAUCCAGGAUUACAUUCGUUCACCACAUGCCGAAAGCAUGAGGAAGAGAAACCAGGUGGUAUUUAGCAUGCUGGAAGCUGAGGCAGAGUAUGUCCAACAGCUUCACAUACUUGUCAACAAUUUCCUUCGACCACUCCGCAUGGCUGCCAGUUCCAAGAAGCCACCUAUUACUCAUGAUGAUGUCAGCAGCAUUUUUCUCAACAGUGAAACCAUCAUGUUUUUACACCAGAUAUUCUAUCAAGGCCUAAAAGCACGAAUAGCAAGCUGGCCAACAUUAGUAUUGGCUGACCUCUUUGACAUUCUCCUGCCCAUGCUGAACAUCUACCAGGAAUUUGUUCGCAAUCACCAGUACAGCCUGCAGAUCCUGGCACAUUGCAAACAAAACCGUGAUUUUGACAAGUUGCUGAAGCAGUACGAGUCCAAGCCUGACUGUGAGGAGCGCACUUUGGAGACCUUUCUUACGUAUCCCAUGUUCCAGAUACCACGCUACAUUUUGACUCUCCAUGAGCUAUUGGCACACACACCUCAUGAACAUGUGGAGAGGAAUAGUCUGGAAUAUGCUAAAUCCAAGCUUGAGGAGCUGUCCAGAAUCAUGCACGAUGAAGUAAGUGAAACCGAGAACAUCAGGAAGAACCUGGCCAUUGAACGCAUGAUUGUGGAGGGCUGUGAGAUUCUCCUGGAUACUAGCCAGACUUUUGUCAGACAAGGAUCACUUAUCCAGGUGCCCAUGAGUGAGAAAGGGAAAAUCACCCGUGGCCGUUUGGGCUCCUUGUCUCUAAAGAAAGAGGGCGAGAGACAGUGUUUUCUUUUCUCCAAACACCUCAUAAUCUGUACCAGGGGCUCUGGAGGGAAGCUGCACCUCACCAAGAACGGGGUGGUUUCACUUAUUGACUGCACAUUGAUUGAGGACCCUGAAAGCACGGAUGAUGAGCCAAAAUCAGAGAAGAAUACCCAAGAUAUGGAGCACCUGGACUUUAAAAUAGUGGUGGAGCCUAAAGACAGCCAGUCCUUCACCGUCAUCCUAGUUGCUUCCUCAAGGCAAGAGAAGUCAGCCUGGACCAGUGACAUAAGCCAGUGUAUUGACAAUAUUCGUUGUAAUGGCCUUAUGAUGAAUGCUUUUGAAGACAACUCAAAAGUCACUGUGCCACAGAUGAUCAAAUCUGAUGCCAGUCUUUAUUGCGAUGACGUGGACAUCCGCUUCAGUAAGAUGAUGAACUCAUGCAAAGUGUUGCAGAUCCGCUAUGCCAGCGUGGAGCGUUUAUUGGAGAGGCUGACUGACCUGCGCUUCCUGUCGAUUGAUUUUCUCAACACGUUUUUACACUCGUACCGCGUCUUUACUACUGCAGAUGUCGUACUUGACAAGCUCAUUGCCAUCUACAAAAGGCCCAUCAGUGCCAUCCCAGCUCGCUCUUUAGAGCUGUUCUUUGCCAGCAGCCAGAAUACUAAACUGCUAUAUGGUGAACCACCCAAGUCACCUCGUGCCAGCCGUAAGUUCUCUUCACCUCCUCCACUGGCCCUUGGCAAGACAUCUUCUCCCAACCGGCGCCGCAAGCUCUCACUCAACAUCCCCAUCAUCACAGGUGGCAAGGCAUUGGACCUUGCUGCACUUACUUGUUCCUCCAAUGGAUAUGCAAGCAUGUACUCCACCAUUACACCUUUCAGCAAGACCACACUGGAUAUCAACAAGCUCUAUGUGUCCAGCCCAAUUACAAGCAAAAUCACAGAUGAGGCUGAAGGCAAAUCUGAGCGAGCAGAGGAGCCCUCCCUUGGUAGACAGGAUAUUUCAGUGAGGGAAGAAAGUGACAGUGAACCGGUCCAGAGUGAUGAGGCUGAUGCAGAGGCUUCGCCCACCAAAUCGCCUACAACUCCAAAAACUGUAAAAUGCAAAACCUCUUCAGAUUUCUCCCUGUUUUCAUAUAAUAAUGGAAUGAUGAUGUCAUCUUGCCGAGAAAUAGACAACAACCGCAGUGCACUUUCAGCAGCAUCUGCUUUUGCUAUUGCCACGGCUGGGGCCAAUGAGGGCACACCCACCAAGGAAAAGUACCGCCGCAUGUCCUUGGCUAGCACAGGAUUCCCCACAGACCAGAGGAAUGGAGAUAAGGAGUUUGUGAUUCGCCGAGCGGCAACUAACAGAGUACUUAAUGUCCUAAGGCACUGGGUGUCCAAGCAUUCCCAGGAUUUUGAGACUAAUACAGAAUUAAAAAUGAAUGUGAUAUCCUUCUUGGAGGAAGUUAUGCAUGACCCUGAGCUUCUGACUCAGGAAAGAAAAGCAGCGGCCAACAUCAUAAGGACACUUACACAGGAGGAUCCUGGUGACAAUCAGCUUUCUCUGGAAGAUGUACUACAGGUGGCUGAGGGUGAUAAAGCAGAGCCUUUUGAGAACCACUCAGCUUUAGAGAUUGCAGAGCAGCUCACCCUGCUGGACCAUCUUUUUUUCAAAGUUAUCCCAUACGAGGAGUUCUUUGGCCAAGGCUGGAUGAAGAAUGACAAAAAUGAAAAGACACCCUACAUCAUGACAACGACAAAGCACUUCAAUGAUGUAAGCAACCUAAUUGCAUCAGAAAUCCUACGCUGUGAAGAUAUGAACACACGGGUGGCUGUGAUAGAGAAGUGGGUAGCAGUGGCUGACAUCUGCCGUUGUCUCCAUAACUAUAAUGCUGUCCUGGAGAUAACUUCAUCCCUCAACCGCAGCGCCAUUUUUCGUCUCAAAAAGACCUGGAUCAAAAUUUCCAAACAGACCAAAACAGUUAUUGACAAGCUGCAGAAGUUGGUCUCAUCAGAAGGAAGGUUCAAGAACCUAAGAGAAGCUUUAAAAAAUUGUGAUCCUCCAUGCGUGCCGUACUUGGGGAUGUACCUCACGGACCUGGCAUUCAUUGAGGAAGGUACACCAAACUACACAGAAGACAACCUGGUUAACUUUUCCAAGAUGAGAAUGAUCUCUCAUAUCAUCAGAGAAAUACGGCAGUUUCAGCAAACCGCAUACAAGAUUGAACAUCAGCCAAAGGCAGCACAGUAUUUGCUUGACAGUAGCAAUGUGUUGGAUGAAGAAAGCAUGUACGAAGCCUCACUCAAAAUUGAGCCCAAAGUGCCCAACUGAGAACUAGGCUUCUGUGAAACUCAAACAGUUGUAUAGCCUAUAAUGUAUUCAUACACAGUAUGUCAAGUUAUAUAUUAUAUGUUAUUGUGCCUGUAUCUGUAACAUUUUAUUUCUAGAAGUUAUUAAAGCACUUAACCAUUCUAUUAUAGAGUUGCAGAUAUUAUAAUGUAAUUUUCCACUUCCCAGUACCAAAAAGAAAAAAAUGUGUAUGCAUAUCUCAAAUAUUUAUUUGAGAUAAAUGUCUAUUUAAAUUUUAUUUGUGUUUUUAUUAAUAAUUCAGGUUACACGUAAAUUUUGAUCCUCCCUUUAUUGCAAGUAAUUAUCUGAUGUAAUUCUCUAAUGUGAAGUAGACAUGUAUUUUUACUGAACAUGAAAUUUUAUAGCUAUAUAAUGUAACAUUGAAAAAUAAGUGCAUUGGGCAUUUUUACAUAAGUGAUAUUCCAAGGUGGAAAUUAACUAAUGUCAUAUUUAACAAUCACUAUACACAAUAUACACAUAUAGGUAUGUGAUUUUUAAAUAUGAACUACCUGCAACAAUUACAUUUUAUGGUAUAUGGAACAUUUAGGUGUUAUUUUGUGAUAAACAAAUCAAAGGUAUAGUUUGAAAACAAAGUUUAUCCUGUUGUGUACAGAAUGUCAUUAUAAUCUUCACCAAUCUAGUGGAAUAGCUCUUUUGAUGAGACUAUAGGGCUCAAUUUUCAUGCCAAUAUGAGCAUGAUUUGCUGGUUAAUUCUAUUAUAUUGCCAUUUUAUAAAAUGUAUAAAAAUGUAAAAAAGUGAAAUUGUUAUUCGCUGUUGGAGCUGGUUUGAAACAGUAUAUCUAAAACUCAUGUACAGGACUAAUUGUCCUGCAAUAUGUAACAAUUGUUAUACAGAUGUAGCAAAGUUCACUUUUUUCCAUUAGCCUUUAGUUUCACUGAAAAAAAUAUAAAAUAAGAAUUUGUCGAUUUUAAUGUUUUGGAAUGUGAUUAAUAAAAAUUAUUAAACGUU